AUGACGCGAUUUCUGGGCUGGUUGUUUUUAUUCGUCUUUCAUCUUUUCUGGACAAUACAAGCAGAUCGGCCAGGGUUGCCGUGGUUGAACUGCAAAUAUUUUCCGGAACUUUUGUCACCGCCAUGUAGAGAUGCUGGCUCCAUGGCGAAUUUCACACUGGCAGCUCACACAAAACUCAGUGCUGUACGGGAAGAGAGUUCUAUGAUGCAGUUCAUGAGCUCACUGGAAAGACCUUCGGCAUCGAUCGCCGACUUUGGAGAAUUCCAGUACUAUAUUCUGGCCGCGCAAGGUCUAGUCUGGAUAAUUGUGUUCUGUGGUAUCUGCUUUGGUGUCAGAUGGCUUGGAAAGGUGAUCCCGUUUUUGUUCAUGGCGGCGUUCAGUAUGCUGCUGGCGCUUCUGAUUCGAGCGAGCACUAUGGACGGUUUGCUGAAUAUCUUCAACAUAUACGUCAAUUCGACAGACUGGAGCAAACUAGCGGAUUACAACCUGUGGAAAAUCGUGUGUGAGCAAGCGAUCCUGGCUACUGGAAUUGGUUUUGGAGCUUUUAUCACAAUGGGAUCGUAUAAUCGGAGAUCAAACAAUCUCGUUGGCGAUUCUAUCCUAAUUGUUCUUGGACACGCGUUCUUGACGAUAAUGCAGGUGAUUACUGUGGUCGGAUUG